AUGAAAUCCAUCUUCUUCACCACGGCGCUUCUUGCCGCGUCGGCGUCUGCCCUCGCAAUGACCACCAAGGAACGCACUGAGCUCCUCAAGGAGCUUGAUGCGUGGAAGAAGAGCCACGCUGGCAAGGCCGCAAAGCUCGAAGGCCUGUUGCCUCCCAAGCCGCGCCAAGAAAGCGCCCACGACCAGCGCGAAGCCGAGCUCAAGCGUUUUGCCCACACCAAGAAGGUGGUCGCGGAGCUCAACAAGAACCACCACGGGUCUGCGGUUUUCUCGACUGACAAUCCGUUUGCGCUCAUGACGGACGCUGAGUUCAAAAAGUUCGUCAAGGGCGCGUUCACCAAGCCGCACACCAAGCGCCAGCUCCGCGCCGAGAGCAUCCAGCUCGAGCUCACGCCUGCGCAGCGCGAGGCCACAGGAAAAGACUGGACGUCCAGCCAAUCCGUCGGCGCCGCUGAGAUGGCGCACUGCAUCGUCACGGGCAAGCUUCUCGACCUCUCGGAGCAGCAGCUCGUGAGCUGCGCGACGAGCGCCGGCCAAGGCUGCAAGGGUGGCUUCCCCAGCAAGGCGCAUUGCGCAAACCGGCGUGUGCUCGUCGUCCGACUACCCAGCUGCAAGAAGAACAAACUCAGCGUCGGUGGGCCCGUCGACAUUCAAGGUGAGAGCGCUUUGCAGUCGGCGCUCGACAAGCAACCGGUCACGGUCGUCGUUGAGGCCACGAACGAUGUGUGGCGCAACUACAAGAGCGGCAUCGUGGAGAGCUGCCCUGGUGGCCAGUCGGACCACGCGGUGAUUGCUGUGGGGUACGGCAGCAACUUUUUCACGAUCCGCAACUCGUGGGGCACCAGCUGGGGCGAGCAAGGGUACAUGCGCCUCAAGAAGGGCGCUGGCGGCAACGGCAUGUGCAACGUUGCCGAAGCGCCGUCGUAUCCGUCGAUGAGCGGCGGCCCGCAGCCGGACGACCCGAGCGAUGGCCCCACCGACGACCCGAGCGAUGGUCCCACCGACGACCCGAGUGAUUUCCCCAGUGAUGUCCCGAGCGACGACCCGUGGAACGGCGACGACGACAACGGUUGGCGUGCAUAA